AUGGAUGACACAUAUUUAGAUGUAACGGCCGGUUAUGUCGACGAUUGUAAAAUAACUCAAAUGCAAUAUCAUUCGUUCACACCGUAUUCAAACACGUCUUUUUCAUACAAUGAUGAAAUUAGAAUAAAUAUUCAAAAUAUGGAAUCUUACACUCUACCGUGUGAAAGUUAUAUUUACAUUGAAGGAAAGCUAAGAAAACCUUUAGAUUCUGAAGGAGACGUACGUUUUUCGAAUAAUGGUUUGGCAUUUUUAUUCUCCGAAAUGCGAUAUGAAAUAAAUGGAAUAGAAAUACAAAAAUUGAAAUCACCCGGAGUGUCGUCUUGCCUGAAAGCAUACUGUUCAUAUACACCAAGUGACUUGAAUACGUUAGACAAUUGUGCUUGGGACUCGGGCUUGGACGGCGAAGAUAAUAACAAUUUUAUGAGCAACGAUGUAUUUACCGGUUGUAUACCUCUAAAACAUUUAUUCGGAUUUUGCGAAGAUUAUAAAAAAAUAUUACUAAAUUGCAAUCAACAACUGAUUUUAAAUCGCUCGUCUACCGAUUUAGACGCAUUACGUAUGACGCAAACCAUGACCCCCGAAAACGUUGAAAAAAAUAAAAAAAUUACGAUUGAAUUGAUUAAAGUGAUAUGGAAGAUGCCUAUAAUCAGAGUUAAUGAUAAAGAAAAAUUAAAACUGUUGAAAGUGAUAGAUUCACGUAAAACGUUAUCAUGUGCGUUCAGAACCUGGGAUCUAUGUGAAUAUCCUGUACUACCUAGAAACACUUCACAUUCAUGGACGAUAAAGUCUAGCAGCUUGCUUGAAAAACCAAGAUUUAUUUUGUUUGGAUUACAAACAGAUAGAAAAAAAAAUAUAGAAAACGACGCUGGGCGCUUUGACCACUGCCAACUAAAAAAUCUUAAGGUACACUUAAAUUCUGAAGUGUUUCCAUAUGAAGACUUUCGUGCUGAUUUUAAAAAUAAUACCAUCAGCUUACUGUAUAAAGCCUAUACAGACUUUCAAAAAUCGUAUUACGAGAGAGAUUAUUCUGAACCAUUGUUAUCAAAAAAUGUUUUUCAAACAUAUGUUCCAAUCGUCGUUGUCGAUUUAUCGCAUCAGAAUGAUAACGUAAAAGCAUCGACCAUAGACCUACGAGUAGAAUUUGAAACGGAUACGGUUAUUCCUGAGAAAACUGCAGCUUAUUGUUUAAUUUUACAUGAUCAGAUUACAACUUAUAACCCGUUUAGCGGUGAUGUUAGAAAACUGUGA